AUGCCUCCGAAAGCGGAUUGGGAGAAGUGGGAGAAGAAGGACGACAAGGAGGAGAAGGAGAUCAAGCCCCUUGAUGAUAGCGACAUUCAAAUUCUCAAGACAUACGGUCAAGGGCCGUAUGCCGCGCGUCUCAAGAAGCUCGACCAGGACCUGAAGGAGGUUCAGAAGCGCAUAAAUGAGAAGCUUGGUACGUUCGCUGCUAUGGUGGGUGUCAAGGAGUCGGACACUGGUCUUGCGUCGCCCAACCUCUGGGACCUUCCCGCAGACAGACAACGAAUGGGAGAAGAGCAUCCCCUGCAAGUCGCCCGGUGUACGAAGAUCAUUGCUGUGGACCCCGACGCGGCGGAGCGCGCUCGCGCCGUCAACCCCGAAGGUGCCGUACAGGGCCAGAAGGGAGCGGACGAGCAAGACAAGUAUGUCAUCAACAUCAAGCAGAUUGCGAAGUUCGUCGUCGGCCUUGGCGAGCGCGUCGCGCCCACAGAUAUCGAGGAGGGUAUGCGGGUGGGUGUGGACCGAAACAAGUACCAGAUCCAAAUCCCCCUGCCUCCCAAGAUCGACGCGUCCGUGACGAUGAUGCAGGUUGAAGAGAAGCCGGACGUCACUUAUUCCGACGUUGGUGGCUGCAAGGAGCAAAUUGAGAAGCUUCGCGAGGUCGUUGAGACACCUCUGCUUUCGCCCGAACGAUUUGUCAACCUCGGUAUUGACCCCCCGAAGGGUGUUCUUCUGUUCGGCCCUCCUGGUACCGGCAAGACUCUGUGCGCGCGGGCGGUGGCCAACCGAACAGACGCCACUUUCAUCCGUGUUAUUGGCUCCGAGCUCGUGCAGAAGUACGUUGGUGAGGGUGCGCGUAUGGUUCGGGAGCUGUUCGAGAUGGCGCGGAGUAAGAAGGCGUGCAUUAUCUUCUUCGACGAGGUCGACGCUAUUGGUGGUGCGCGGUUCGACGACGGCGCGGGUGGUGACAACGAGGUCCAGCGGACGAUGCUGGAGCUCAUUAACCAGCUUGACGGUUUCGACCCUCGAGGAAACAUCAAGGUGCUCAUGGCUACUAACCGACCGGACACCCUUGACCCCGCAUUGUUGCGUCCUGGUCGUUUGGACCGUCGCGUCGAGUUCUCAUUACCCGACGCCGAGGGUCGCGCGCACAUCCUCCGGAUCCACGCACGAAGCAUGAGCGUCGAGCGCAACAUCCGGUUUGACCUGAUUGCUCGCCUAUGUCCGAACACCACGGGCGCGGAGCUGCGCUCGGUGGCCACGGAGGCUGGCAUGUUCGCCAUCCGUGCAAGGAGAAAGGUCGCGACGGAGCGCGACUUCCUUGACGCCGUCGAGAAGGUCGUUCGCCAAGGCACGAAGUUCUCCAGCACGCCCUUGUACCAAAGACGACAUGACUUUCACUUCAACGCGGAGCUCUCAAAGGAGCUCGCGCUCUCCCCAACAGAGCUCUCCCGCCUCAUUGAAGAACACGCCAAGCAGCCACCCCGACCCCUCACACUCCGCACCCUGCUCUCGCUCGCUCGCCCGCUCACGCCCGAGUCUGUGCUGAAAUCCGUCGAAUAUGUAUUCACGGAGAUCCCACGAAGGCUUGCGAUGCGUGCGCGCUCGCUAGAGUCGCUCCCGUUUAUUGUGGGGAUGAACCCGUUCAUUGCGCGCACGCUGCAGGCCCACCGGAGGGCGUUCCAGUUCCUCAUCAAGCACCCGCCUGUGAAGACGUUGGAGGAUAACGCGCGGUUCAUUGAGCAGCUCGCAGAGCUCGUGCAGAGCCAUGCGAACGACAUCCCGGCGAUGGCGAAGGGCUUCCAGGAGUGCGCGCGGUACCUCACCCCAGAGCAGAUCAGCGAGUUCCUGGACAGCACUAUCCGCAACCGUAUAGCGGUCCGACUCAUCGCGGAGCAACACAUCGCCAUUUCUCGAGACCUCGCACGCGGGGAAAACGGGGAGAGCGGGAGCAGCCACUUGGGCGUGGUGGACCCAAUGUGCUCCCCCAAGGAGAUGAUUGGCGUGUGCGGGUCCUUCGUGAGCGACCUGUGUGAGGCGACGCUCGGCGCGAGCCCACAGAUUGUCAUCGACGGGGACGCAGACGCCACUUUUGCGUAUGUCCCCGUACACCUAGAGUACAUCCUCACAGAGGUCCUCAAGAACUCCUUCCGCGCGACAGUAGAAUGGCACCAGCGCCACCACGCCUACUCGUCCGCCACGCCCAUCCCCCCAGUCGUGAUCACCAUCGCCGCCCCGCCGCACGCCGCCGCCUCGCACCCCGCGCCCGCGCGCUACCUCUCCCUGCGCAUCCGCGACCAGGGCGGCGGCGUUCCGCCCGCGAACAUGUCCCGCAUAUUCUCGUACUCGUUCACGACGGCCGGGCGCGGCGCGGAGGGGAGCGGCUCGUCGUGGGACGACGAGGGCAUUGGCGGCGGGCCGUACGCUGCGCAGCACAUUGGGGGGAGCGCGGCGAUCGACGCGGCCGGGGGCUCUGGGGGCGGGCAUGGCGGGGGGCUCUUUGCGGAGAUGGCGGGGCGCGGGGUGCAGAUGGGCAUGGGCACCAUCGCGGGCCUUGGGUAUGGGUUGCCGAUGAGCAGGCUGUAUGCAAGGUACUUCGGGGGUUCGUUUGACUUUAAGUCGUUGGAUGGGUGGGGGAGCGACGUUUUCAUCAAGCUACGCUGCUUGGACGACGGCAGAGAUAUUGAGAUAUGA